AUGGGUUGUGGUGGCUGUGGUGGCUGUGGCAGCUGCGGUGGCUGUGGUGGCUGUGGCAGCUGCGGUGGCUGUGGUGGCUGUGGUGGCUGUGGCUGUGGAGGUUGUGGAGGCUGUGGGGGCUGCAACAGCUGCAACAGCUGCACCACCUGCAGGUGCUACCGGGUUGGCUGUUGUGGCUGUUGUGGUGGCUGCUGUGGUUGUGGUGGCUGUGGCUGUGGCUGUGGUGGCUGUGGCUGUGGUGGUUGUGGCUGUGGCUGUGGUCGCUGCUGUGGCUGCUGUGGCUGCUGCACCCCUGUGGUCUGCUGCUGCCGCCGCACCUGCUGCCGCUCCUGUGGCUGUGGCUCCUGUGGCUGUGGCUGUGGCUGUGGGAAGGGCUGUUGCCAGCAGAAGUGCUGCUGCCAGCAGAAGUGUGGCUGCAAGAAGCAGUGCUGCUGCUAG